AUGAGUCCGGCAAGGUUGGUUAUCAGGAGCCGAUCACUUUGGCAUGUAUCGAGCACGCCAAUUCUUUGCCUUGCUUUGCUUGCUGUCAUGGGCCCUUUGACGCAGGUCCGCUACGACAGGAGCAACUGCACAGAGGAUAUGCGGAUCAAGUUUAUGACCGAUGGUAUACUUCUGCGGGAGGUCCAGGCUGACUUCCUUUGUCGAAAGUACACUGCAAUCGUAAUCGAUGAGGCUCAUGAAAGAGGUGUCAACUGCGACAUAUUGAUCGGCCUCCUUUCCCGGGCAGUUCAUCAACGCCGCAAGGCCUUUCAGGAGGCUGUUGCCGCUGGGCGUUUCAACAAGGACCCAGGUACGGCACGAAGCGCAGAUGAACCACCGCCACCUUUGAAGUUGGUGAUCAUGUCCGCGACCUUGAGGCUCUGUGAUUUCACGGAGAAUCAGCAGCUUUUUCCAGUCCCACCGCCCGUGCUUCGCAUUGAUGCACGAACCUUUCCGGUGACGGUGCAUUUUGAACGACGAACUGAAGAGGAUUACAUCAAGGCUGCACACCGAUCAGUAUGGAAGAUACACAAAGACCUGCCUCCAGGGAGCAUUUUGGUGUUCGUCACAGGAAGGCAGGAAGUUCAUCGUUUGUGCAGGAUGCUGCAACAGACGCAGCUCCUCACGUUCAACAGCGGUAAGGCACUUGAGGAAGCAGCGGCAGAGGUUGCAGAGCAGGAGGGCAAGACAGCAGAUUUGGACUUAGAAGCCUCCGAUGAUGAGGGAAACCUGUCGGAGCCGGAGUUGGAAGAAGGGAAUGAAGGCAAGAUAGGUGACGCUGGCAGGCUGAAAAAGAAGCUGAAGGGUAAGCGCAAAAAGAAAGCGUUGGACACGUCUGGAGAUGUGAAGGUGGAAGGUGUGGCCGAUAGCAUCAAACCAGGUGCAAAGCGAAAGCGAACGAACGAGAAGGAAGAGGCCACCCAAGACAUUCCGGAUGAGAUGCCGGAGCUCUCCUUUGCGGUGGGUGAAGAAGACGUCGUGGUGUUGGAGGGAGAGGCCGCCACAGCUGCCGAGGAUGCAAAAGACAUUGAGCUUCGCAACCAGAGAAAGGUAAGAAUGUCCAGGCUGGAUAAAUCGAGGACAGCGGGGGGUGUCUUCAAAGGUGUAGGCUUUGGAGAGGGGCAAAUGCGGGUUUUGCCACUCUAUGCUCAGUUAUCUGCAACGAAGCAGCUGGAGCCCUUCAAGCAUCCACCGGAGAACCAACGAGUGGUCGUCAUAUCAACGAAUGUGGCGGAAACAUCGGUUACACUUCCGAAUGUGCGCUAUGUGGUGGACUGCGGGCGUGAGAAGCGCCGCCGGUAUAAGGCUUCUUCUGGUGCCUCAGCAUUUGCCAUUGACAGGAUUUCAAAGGCAUCCGCAGACCAACGAGCUGGUCGGGCCGGCCGACUGGGCCCAGGACACUCAUAUCGCUGGCCACCAAGCAAACAAGUCCUGAGUCUGUCUAAAAGGGAUGUCUAG